UUCGUCCCUCCCGCCUCCUGCUUUCCACGUGUCUCUCCUCCCAGCUGUGUGUGGGAAGAGCAGGCGGGGUGAGUGCCAGGGUCCAAAGUGCUAAAGGUGGAAGAGGAACACUCUAUUGCUAUCCUCAGUGACCAUUGCAAACUUAGAAGAAAACAAGAACAUCUGUACAGGAGUAAGCUGCAUCAUUGCUUCUCUGAAAGGCUGAUCAGAUUCCCUUUCAUUGUGCAGAGAGAGAACAUGUAACCACAUAUGGUAGUGAAAGGAAAGUAUUCUGUGACACUGACCAAUUGGAAGGUAGAUAGCAGUGACCAAUCACUAUCUACUAGGAAUAAGCCAAUAGACAAGCUCUUUGUACAAACCAUAUGGAAUACAGAAAGUGUUGAUGUUACGUUGCAGAAUAAGCAGCAAAUGAAAUCUUCCCUGGACUGGCACUCGUUAACCCUUGAGUGCCAGACAGUCAUGAAUCACAUUCUCUGUCAUGCAAAGUGUCAUAUUUCUACGCCAAGCUGCGCACACAAGACAGGAGCAAAGUUGAAAAGUUGUCAAGACUUGUGACCAUUGAGGAUGCUGACAUGUACUACUGGUGAUGAUAUCUUAAAAUGGCAUUAUCAGAAAAUCUGGAUCACGACAUCCCAUUUUUUUACAUCCCUACAUUUUGGGCCAGGUGUCUUAUAGGCUCUUUAGCAGUUGUCUGCUUUGCAAAUAGUUACAAUGGAAACUUUGUAUUUGAUGACUCUGAAGCCAUCAUCAAUAAUAAGGAUCUUCGAGAAGAGAUCCCAAUUGGAGAUCUGUGGUUGCAUGAUUUUUGGGGAACUAAACUCAACAGCAAUGCUAGUCACAAGUCCUACAGACCUUUAACAGUUUUAACAUUCAGAAUGAAUUACAUUGUUGCAGGAGGACUCCAUCCAGUGGGCUUUCAUGCUGUUAAUAUAAUAUUACAUUGUUUAGUCUCUGUUCUGAUGCUUGAUGUCUUCUCAAUCCUGUUUGGUGUGGCUGGCAAUAAUAAAAGUAAAAAAAUUACGUAUGCCUCGAAAGCAUCGUCCUUGGCUGCUUUGCUUUUUGCUGUGCACCCUGUACAUACAGAAUGUGUUUCUGGAAUUGUUGGUAGAGCAGACCUGCUCUGUGCAUUAUUUGUUGUGUUAUCCUUCCUUGGAUACUACAAAGCCGUUUCAGGAUUUUACGUUGGCCAUUCCUCUGUGUUUUGGGUACUUUUGAGUGUUUUUCUGAGUGCAGUUGCUAUGCUGUGCAAGGAGCAAGGAAUAACUGUUUUGGGAUUGAAUGCUGUAUUUGAUAUUUUUGUCAUCUGCAAGUUAAACAUGCUGGAAUAUAUCCAAAAAGUACUGCGCAGGGACAGAACAUCAGAGACUGUUUUAUUGUUGAAUAAUGGGCUAUUUUUAAGGAUAAGCAUUUUGGCAUCGGGUGGAAUAUCUAUGCUUUAUAUACGCUGGCAUAUAAUGGGUACUGGACCACCUGCAUUUACAGAAGUUGACAAUCCAGCCUCUUUUGCCAGUAGUUUACUGGUUAGGGUAAUAAACUAUAAUUACUAUUAUUCUAUGAAUGGAUGGUUGCUACUCUGCCCUUGGUGGCUGUGCUUUGAUUGGUCGAUGGGAUGCAUACCUUUGAUUAAAUCCUUCAGUGACUGGAGGAUAAUUGCACUUGUGGCUCUAUGGUGUAGCCUGCUUGGCUUGAUAUACCAGGCUUUAUGCUCGAGCGAUGGUCAUAAGAGAAGAAUUCUAACACUUGGACUAGGAUUUCUCAUCAUUCCUUUUCUUCCUGCAAGCAAUAUGUUUUUCCGAGUUGGAUUUGCUAUUGCUGAGAGAGUCUUGUACUUACCUAGCAUUGGUUACUGCUUGUUACUCACCUAUGGCUGUAGUAAAAUCUGUAAGCAAGUUAAAAACAAGAAACUUAUGACUGCAGCCAUACUGGGACUGUUGGCAAUGAAUGUGGUACGCAGUAUAUACCGCAGUAACCAGUGGAAGUCUGAAGAGCUGCUGUUUUACAGUGCUCUCUCUGUCUGUCCUCUGAAUGCUAAGGUGCACUACAAUGUGGGUAAAAACUUAGCAGACCGAGGCCAUCAAGCAGCUGCAAUUCAGUACUACAGAGAAGCUGUGCGAUUAAAUCCUAAAUAUGUACAUGCAAUGAACAACCUUGGAAAUAUCCUGAAAGAGAGAAAUGAGCUACAGGAAGCUGAGCAGCUGCUGUCACAAGCCGUCUCAAUACAGCCUGAUUUUUCUGCUGCAUGGAUGAAUUUAGGUAUUGUGCAAAACAGCCUGAAACAGUUUGAAGAAGCUGAAAAAAGCUAUUUAACUGCCAUCAAAUACCGGAAAAAAUAUCCUGACUGUUACUACAACCUUGGUCGUCUGUAUGCCGACUUAAAUCGCCAUAUGGACGCACUGAAUGCCUGGAGAAAUGCCACAUUUUUGAAACCAGAACACAGCUUAGCUUGGAACAACAUGAUCAUUCUGCUUGAUAAUACCGGAAACCUAGCUCAAGCUGAGGCAAUUGGAAGAGAAGCCUUGAAGCUGAUACCAAAGGACCACUCCAUUAUCUUUUCAUUAGCAAACGUGUUGGGGAAGGCACAGAAAUACAAGGAGUCUGAAGACUUGUUCCUUAAAGCUAUUGAAGCUAAUCCUUCGAUUGCAAGUUAUCACGGCAAUUUGGCUGUGCUGUACCAUCGCUGGGGAAAACUGGAACUGGCCAAGAAAUACUAUGAAACCUCCAUGAAGCUUGACCCCUCUGCUCCAGGUACAAAGGAGAACUACAAUCUGCUGAAACGCAAGCUGGAACAACUAAAAAGGAGAGAGCAUUUAUGAUUUGGAAUAGCAGAAAUAACUCUCUUGUCUUAUAGGCACCUUUAUCUGAAGAACCAGCAAAAUAUUUCCUUACAUUGAUUGACUGUUCGAAGUACUGUAUUUAGCCAUAGCACAGAGAGUGAACGACGACACCUGUGUGUGUGUUUGUUUUUUAUGUGGGGGCUUUUUUUUUUUUUUUAAUCUAGGUAGUGAUUGAUUAAUAUUCAAUCUAGGAUCUAAUUCAAAACUACAAAUGGUCAGUGGUUAUAACAAUUUAAUUAGGCAAUUUGCACUGGUGACUAUAGUUGCAGUUUUAUGAGCCAAGUAACAAACAGAAAGUACCUCAAAUUUAGAUUAACUUUUGUUUGAUUGCUGCACGUACCAUUUUGAAAUUAUGUUAAAGGAGGGAUUUUUUGUUUUGUUUUGUUUCCUGCCUAGGUGCACUUCAAUGAAAAAGCUUUAAUUUCAUUUUUUUUUCUGUAAACUUUGCAACUUGUGUAAAUAUAUUAUUUUACUACACUAGUUAACUUGAGACUGUUUGCCUGGUUUUAUGGUACUGAGCGGGAGAAUUGUCUGAUUUCUUAAUGACUAAAACAGGGGUGCCCAAAAGGUAGGUCCUCAGAUGUUUCUAAACUACAGCUAAAGGCAUGCAAAGCAUCAUAGGAGUUAUAGUUCUACAACAUCUGGGGGAUCUACCUGUUGAGCACCCUUGGACUAGAACAUUUGCAUAUUAAAGCUUGGACCAUGCACCUUAAAUACAUGUCCGUUUCAGCAUACUUGUGUUCUUGACUGCUUGCAAUGCAUGAAACAUAUACAUUUUAGUUUGUCUGUAAAAUAUGAGGUUUUAUUUGGAAAUUAUUGAGCGAGUAUCACAAAAGAACAUGAGCUACCACAGCCUCUGGGAUUCCAUUCUGGCAUUGCCAGUCAAGGAACAUGCUAUGUUCUAAACAGCGCUCCAUACUGAUACUGGUCUGUGGUCUGCAUUCACCUAAGCACAUAGAAGGGUGAAGCAGGCCACUUCAGCUUUAUGUACUUUGGGGCUACUCUCUUAUUAAUUAUUUUGGUAAUGUUUACCAACAUAGUGGCAUGAUUUUUUUUUCAUAAGUACUUCUACAUGUGGCUUUAUAUUUAAAGUACCAGUUUUCUUUACUGUGUUAAACUCUAUUUAUCAUGUGACCCUUUCCAUUCUGAUUUUGUUGUAAUUGAUGAGUAAUCUCAAAAUGAGGAUUUGGCAUGCAUUACCAGAUCAUUUAGAAGAAAACGGUCUUUGAAAGAACACCAUGUGUUGUAGUGGUUAUAGUACCAGGAGUGUCCUGGUGCCCUACCCAUUGUAUGUAGGCACACAAUUUUACAAUGAUUUGCUCCCCACUUCCACAACUUCAUAUGGAAAACCAGAAGCUCCCAAGCAGGACCUUACAUUAUCCCCCUUGAGCUACGCCCUGCAGUGCAGAGCUAACUGAUUGGCUGAGCAUGUCAGCUGAUUGCGUUAACCCCAGAGCUGCUGGGGUUAGCUCAGAUAGAGAACUUCAGACUCUGUGUCCUAUGUACUGGAGGCUUGGAAUUUGGUGCCUGGUAAACCCAAGGUAAGAAUUCAGAAUAUUUAAAAAUGUUUCUGGCACCAUAACCACUACAGUGGUUAUGUUCCAAUACAGUUCCUUUAAGAAUCUUUAGUUUAUUGCAUUUAUUUCAUGCAUUGCCUUAAUACUGUACAGUUUUUGUGUUUCAUGUGGGUGUUCGAAAUAGAUUGUAUAAUGACUUUCUGAUUGUUGUGUAUUUGUAGUCACGUUCGCCAUGUUAUGUUUUCUGUUUGCUUGGCUCUUUUCUGUCAAUAAAUCUCUCAGGAUUGUG